GUCCAUUGUUCAGCACGCUGCGAUCUCUGGUCUCCCCGAGGUUAAUUUAUACAGCCUUGAAAAUGCCCAAGAGAGGGAAGAAGGAAGAAGUUAGUGGUGCUGAACCCCAGGAGGAUGGGAAUGAGCCAGAAGUUAAGAAGGGGAAGAAAGGAGCAGGGAAGGCGGCAAAGGAGCCGGAGCCAGUUGUUUUGUAUGAAGAUGCCCCAGAUAAUCUAACAUCAGAUGAUGGCAAGAAGUACACACUGAAGAUCAGCUCCUGGAAUGUAGAUGGAAUCCGGGCCUGGAUCAAAAAGCAGGGAUUGAAUUGGGUGCGGGAGGAGGACCCACACAUCAUGUGUCUCCAGGAAAUAAAAUGUGCAGAGAAAUUGCUGCCUCCAGAAAUUAAGGAUAUGCCAGAAUACCCCCACAAAUACUGGGCAUGUCCUGAUGAAAAGGAGGGGUACAGUGGAGUGGCCAUGCUCUGCAAGGACAAGCCGUUAAAUGUAACAUAUGGCAUUGGAAUUGAAGAACAUGAUAAGGAAGGUCGUGUAAUAACAGCGGAGUUUGACUCCUUUUUCUUAAUUGCUGCUUAUGUCCCCAAUUCGAGCCGUGGGCUAGUACGUUUAGAUUAUCGCCAGCGCUGGGAUGUGGAUUUCCGUGCCUACCUGAAGGGAUUAGACAGCAAAAAGCCCUUAAUAUUGUGUGGUGACUUGAAUGUGGCACACCAAGAGAUUGACUUAAAGAACCCCAAGACAAACAAGAAGACACCGGGUUUCACCCCACAGGAACGCCAAGGCUUUGGAGAACUGCUGGCUGAGGGCUACCUGGACAGUUUCCGAGAGCUAUACCCUGAUAAGCCAAGUGCAUACACAUUCUGGACAUAUAUGAUGAAUGCUAGGGCUAAAAAUGUUGGCUGGAGGCUUGAUUAUUUUGUGCUAUCUAAAGCACUACGCCCAGCUCUAUGUGAUAGCAAGGUCAGGAGCAAAAUAAUGGGCAGUGACCAUUGUCCAAUAACACUCCUUAUGGCGAUAUAAAAUAAAUGAUCAAAGGAAAACUACAAGCUGAUCCUGUAUGCAAGAGGAUUUUGUAAUAUACAUAAAAUGCUUAGAUCUGAAAUAUUUGAGAUUCUUUUGCUGCUUCACAAAUGGAAUCUUGGAUCAGCAUUUUCUGUUUGUAAUUUUAUUAUUCAUUGCUUUUCAGACUAGAGAACUGAAACUUAACAAGAAUUUGCUCUGUGACAUUAAGGUUUCUAGUACUAAGGAAGACCACUGCUUCUUCAUAGCACAUAGACUCAAGAUAGGUUUCAUUUUGUUAAGCAUAUGAAAUGCAUAUUGCAAAAUCCUCAUUUAGCUAGAAGCAAUGUUUCCUGUAGUCUUAGAGAAUUUUUAAUCAUUCAACCUAAAGACUAUAUAGCCAUAUACAAGGGCUAUAUAAACUGUAUACACUGUAGUGAGCACCAUCUCUUCAACACAGCCCCUCUAUAUGACAAAACUGGAUUUUUUUGGUGUUAACCAUCAUUACAACCUUAUGCCCACAUGUGGGAUCUGGAGAAUGUAAAGGCAUAACUACCUAGUCACACAAUGGUUAGUGCUUAAAAAGUGCCCCUAGUGAUGAAAUCUAGGAACUUGUAUUCCAGUCAUAAGAACAUGUGAAAUUUGCAGUUGAUAUCUUUUAAGGGAGUGAUUGUAAGACUAACUUCGCACCUGUUGCUCAACUAUGAGUAUUGAAGUUCAGCAAAAACUGGAAAGAGGUUGAAAAUCUAUGCCGUGGGGGCUGCACAUAUGCUACAUUCAUGUGAUACUAAGAAAAUGUGGGGUUCUCAGCUGUACAAAACAAUGCAGUUGUAAAAGAAAAUACUGAAAGGUGCUAGUUCUGUAUGUGCUUUGACACUGUAAGAUGUUACAUAUUUUUGUCAUUUAUUAAAAAAAAAGUUUUAUAAUCCACUGCAUUUAAUUUAUUAAUCUGCAUAACACAUGCUGCCCCCUUCCUCUUUUUGUGACCAAACGGUUAUGGGGAAUAAUGGGAGGAGAGCUGCAUAACUGGGGGUGCCAAUGAUGUACAAAAAUAAGCAUAUUUUUAAACCAAGGAUUGAUGAAGUAAGGGUCAAUAUAUUAAUACAAUAUAGUGGAAAAUGUU